AUGGGCUAUGCUUUGUUGUGCGAUAGUGUUCUUUACUACGAGGCUUGGCAAUGGCCUGGUUGGCGGGAUCUCACGGGCAUGGAUUCACCGCCACACGAGCUUGAAGCGGCCGCCCGACACAGCGCUGGCAUCUCGUGGAGCAAGAAGGAGAUGAACGAAUUCGAGCAGUACUAUACGUUUGUAAGGGGGGCCGCAACCAGCGGCGACCUAAAGGAUAAGAUAAUGGAUGGUAAGAAGCUCGCGCCCACCGUUAACCAAGGUAGGAAGUUGUGGCAGGAUCUGUGGGCGCGGCUGCUGCGGAAGAGUGGACUCAACCGAAAGAUCGACGACCUGAUGCAGCAGCACCAUUGCGAUUAUCGGUCCGUCUCUGUCGCCUUCAAGACGCGUGAGCUCCCGGGCGGCCAUGCGGACUGGACGUCGCCAUACCUGCCGGAACUCGGCGCUGGUUUACUGGGUGGUGAGGUCCUGGUAGACCAUCGCUUGAUGAACACGACCGCAAGACUGUUGAUGAAAGAGGUCUUGUACUUCGCGUGGGAGCGUCAGACCAGGAGGGCCAAGAUCUGGGUCAAGAAUUAUGGCGGCAAGAAGACUGCGGUGGACGACGCCUGGGAUGCCUUCAAAGGUGGCAAGAAGAAAGGUCGCGCGCUCCUAACUCUCAUGCAGAAGCUAAAGGACUUCCACGACCACGCGCAAUACAUGAACGACCCCGAGGCAGAGCAGGACGUGGAAGAACGUCUAAAGCACCUUGAGAGUGUUUUGGGCGAGGCCGGCAAAGAGCUGCGGCCUGGCGCCAAAAACAGCGCGAAGUUGUCGGCGGCCGACCGCAAGAGGAUGCUUUCGCUCGUCACCGAGCAGGAGCUUGAAGAGGUUUACAGACAGUACGUCGAGCUCUUCGUGGAAGGCCCCAUGAGGGCCGAUGCGACUGACGAUGCCGCGGUCGAUGUACUUGGCGCUGGGGACAACAUGACCGACGACCUGGGAACCGACCUCGGCGUCGAGCCCGAGAGCAAGAUGACGCGACAGGCGCUCAUGGAGAGCAUGGGGGUAAAGGGCGAGGUUUUUCCACUUAUGAACGAGGCGAGACACAAGAAGGCAUUCCUGGUGUGGACGGAGGGCAAGACUCCGGAGGAGGUCCGCGCCAUGCAGCGAGAAAUGGGGAAGAAGCGCGACAAGCUGACCGAGUCCGACGAGUGGGCACCGCUCACCCUUAGAUGGCAUCAGGUCGCCGGGAUUCGCGCGACGUUGCGGAUGAUGGCGCAGGGCUCCUCUGGCGUCCUCAUCGCGGAUGAGGUCGGGUUGGGCAAGACUGCGCAAGCACUCGGACUGAUCGGCAUGAUCAGCCACUACAUCGACGCGCAGGAGCGAGGGAAACCGGUGGAGGUCUCGCCGCAGUUGAGGCUGCCUGAGGGCCGAAAGCUCGUCAGCGCGCCCCACGUCAUCAUCUCCUCCGCCACAUUGAUGCCCAACUGGCUCACCGAAGCGCGGACGUGGCUCAAGGGGUUUGAAUUUUUCGAAUACACCGGGCAGCUGAAGUCGCGGCGGAAUUUCUUCGGGCCCAACAGUGCAUGGGCUAAGGCAAAAAGCCUCAUGCAUAUGCGAAUCAUCUUCGCCACAACUCCGGUGAGUGAGCACGGCUAUUCCUCGGACUGGGUCCGACGCGGCGCUGUGCCUAUCUACCCAGCGGCAACGCAGCGCGCGGUCGGACCCAGUCCGACGCACUGUGCCCCGCGGACAUUGGUCUUCAGCUCUGGGCAGAGGGGCAGCACAGCCGUGACGAACGACAGCGCCAACUACUUCGGGAGUCGCCCUGCACAGAACUCCGUGUCAGAACGUCUUCCUCUCAAGAAGGGUGUAUCAAAGGAGGUCAAAGAGUCGAUGCAUCUGCUGAACUCCCUGGUGGCCAUCGGCCUCCUCAUCCUGGACGAGUCGCACGAGGUAAGGACGGGCAAAAAUGUUUUCAGCGCGAUGUUGUGGCUCGCCUGGAUCGCUCUUCUGACGGUGGGGCAAUCGGCUACCCCAAUCUACACGCAUCCGAAGGAUAUGGUCUACGCUGGCCGGGCGCUAGGCAUUAAGGGGUGCAUGGGCGAGGCGGUCGAUGCAUUCGAGCGCGAGCUCGUGAGGAAGCUGGCACGCGCGAGACGGCAAGAGAAGACGAAGCUCGGGAAUGAACCUCUCGGCGCCGCAUUCGAUUCCGCCAGCACGGCGACGCGCGAAAUCUACAUACGGGGCAUCAGGGACAUCAAGACGAAGUUCGGCGACUGCAUCAUUCGCCGCACGAACCAAUCCAAAGACAACAACGGGAAGGUGCUCGGCGGACUGAAGGACUACAUCCGAGUAGCGGCCUAUCUCAAGCUCGAGGACUGGGAGUUAAAAAUUGUCAACACGCUCGAGAAGGCUGAUCACCAGGCGAGCGUGUCCAGCUUGUACUUCGAUACACGGAAAUUCUACAUUCGCACGCGGCAAGGCACCAAUCAGCCUGCGCUCGUGGGGUACAAAGAGGGCUCUCUUGCUGACCCCCCGAAGCAAAUCGAUUCUGAGGAGAUUUACGACGAGGUCGCGUCGACGAAGACGAAGACAAUGAUCGAGCUGGUGAGGUACCAUUUGCAGCAGCCUUCGGCUGCGCCUGCGGUGUUCGAUGAAGACGGCAACAUGGCCUUUCCUCAAGGCAGCGUGCCAAAUGACGGUGGGGGCCCGACAAAGAUCGUUGUCUACACUGAUUUCCCGAGCCUGUUGGGUCCGCUCACUGAGUCGCUCGAUGUGCACAAUAUUCGCUACUUUGUUAUUCACGGGGGGUCCUUCCCCCGGCGCGUGCAAAGGGUCGGGCUCACGGGCAUCAACCUCGCCUGCGCUCAUGUGUUGAUCAUCAUGGACCCGCUAUUCUCCGAGCAAGACAAACGGCAGCUCAUUGGGAGAAUAUGGCGAUUCCCGCAGAGCCUGGUCUGCGUCAUCUACGACUUCAUCGCGCUGGCCACAACCGAUGUCCCCCUGAGCGGCAUCGCGCGCAAGAAAGAAGAGAUGCUCCAGGUGUUUGCCAAAAGAUCGGAGUACGCGGACGAGUUGUUGGCUGCAUUACGCGGCGACGAUAUAGACGACGACGUUAAUUACGAGCCGGACGUCGAGGAGGACGAGGAUGAGGCGCCUCCUGGCAAAGCUAAGACCCGCGGAACGAGAAAACCAGCAGCGACGAAGGUUGGUGCCGCGUCGUCUUCGAGGAAGGACACGGCGACGAAGGGUGAUGCCGCAUCGUCUUCGACGAAGGACGCGACGACGACCACGAAGAAACAGCGCAUGAAGUCCAAGCCGACGGAGAAGGACAAGAAGUCCAAGGCGACGGAGAAGGACACAGAGGGCACGAUUGAAGUGUCGUCGGACGAUGACACUGCAGCGACGACGACCACGAAGAAACAGCGCAUGAAGUCCAAGGCGACGGAGAAGGACAAGAAGUCCAAGGCGACGGAGAAGGACACAGAGGGCACGAUUGAAGUGUCGUCGGACGAUGACACUGCACCCAAGUCCAAGCCGACGGAGAAGGGCAAACAGGUCCUAAAGAACGUACAGUCCGACGACCACGCGCCUCCCAAGUCGAACCCGACGCAGAAGGGCAAAGAGCGGGCACCGCCUGUACCGUCGCACGUCGGCGCGGCUUCUGAUCCGGCUUCCCUCCCCGCAACGCCUCGUGCGCCUCGUCCCAAGCCCCGGCCACCCAUGCCCGCUGUCAACGCCGAGCAGACCGAGCAGCCAUUGCGCCAGGAGGAUCGGACCCAGUCCGAGGGUGGCGAGGGCAGCAAAGAGCCGCGCGCCCAAGAAUCCGAGGAGGGCGGCAGUCGGACCCAGUCCGACACGCCAGGCCCUACCACUGCGGCGUCCACCACGACGCGGUCAACGCGCCAAGUGUUGGAAGAUCUCGGGUUCGUCUGGGACGACAUUCGCGAGGUGAGCCCGGAACGUUGGUCGCCACACCUCCAUCCAGCGCAGCUGGGUUCGUGGUUCCCAUUCGAGGCAGCGAGGCCGCGCGGCGGUGUCAGCUUCGAGCAAAUGAUGGCCGACCGAAGGUUCUACGACUGGAAUAAUGUUCCGGAUUUCGACGCCGCGAUAUUUGGACCCUUCGACCGCAUCGCAGUCCAUGCCCCCGGUGACCCAUGCCACGAACUCAUCGGGCAGCUCCUGCAAUCAGGAUGGCCGAAUCCGCCGUCGUGGCGCCGCGGGCGAAACGCCCAAUUAACGGUGCCCAAAAACGUGCUCUGUAAUACGCCUGCGGCGUCGUGGCUUGCGCCUCACCCCGCGCAGAUCUCGUACUGGUAUCCACUGCCAGGGCUAAAGCAGGCGAGACCCAACCUCAAGCCCGAAAAUUACGACCCCAACGUUCACUACUCGUAUCAGACGUGGGUUCCAUUCGAUGCAAAUCGCUAUGGCCCCUACGACCGUGUGCUGCAGGCCCGUGAGGACGACCCUAGUCUGACAGACCUCCACUUGUUCCUGGCCGGCGGCUUCCCUGCUGUGCCAAGCCACCGGCAUGGAAACGCGGCCAGGCAGCGCCCCACGCCGCGACAGUCGGCCUGGUUUGUGAAAUGGGACGGUUCGCCGCAGGGCUUGGGCGCACCAGCACCAGCUCGGACCGAGUCCGACACUCCGUCGACAUCAUCUGGCACACCGCGCGAACCUGCACUGCAGAAAUCUGGUCUGGCCCACUCACUCGCUCAGAUGACGGUAGACGACCAGCUAGCGAAGCAGGUGGUACCGGCGAGCUCUAAGGGGCCCGGCGCUGACACUAGGAGCGACUCGUCGAUGGAGUUCAGCUCAGAUGCUGAGCAGCCCGGGGCUGGAUCUCCGAAUGAGAAGUCCCCGCCGAGGAAGAAGCAGAAGACUUAG